UAACUUUCAAUCACCGCUUCAUCUAUAAAAAAAAGUCAAAAUCGCAGGGUUGUUGUAAGAGAUCUUUAAGAAUAUUAAAUUACUGAUACUUGUAGCAAAGGAAAUCAAAAUAUUAUAAAUCAUCAUUUAUUAGGUUAAUAAAGUUGAAAAUGAGAUAUUUGAUAUAAUUUAUAAAGAGAAACAAAUACGUCCAUUAACAAUCCCCUGGACAUAUUUAAAGCAUCUGCUGUAGAACAAGAAUUUUUGUGUUGAAGCUAUUGUCAUAAUCGAAUAAAAAGUGGAUUUACACAUUUUCGAACAACUUAAAAGGGAAAUUAAAAAAACACUGUUUUUUCACGAAUUCAAAAGUCAUUUAAUGUAAUAUAAACAUUAUAUUUUAUACUUUUUAUCAACUGCAAACGUGAAAAAUAAUUGAAAAAAAGGAGAAAAGCAAAAAAAAAAAAACAAAAAUACGAAAUACAGAGGUAUAAAAAUAGUGCAUAUUUUCCAUUGUGAUUUUUUUAGACUAUGUCGAAAAAAAUUAGGGUCUCUCUAGAUGACAUUGGAAACAAUAUAAUAAAUAAAAAGGAGGGAAAUAAGUUUUUUAAUCGCACCAACAAUAAUUUGAAUAACUCUCAAAUGCCUUUUGGAACUCCUAAUUGCGAUAGAAAACCAAACUUUUCAAUGGUAAAUUCACAUCAUGGUGACCAAGGAACUCUUUUAGCGAAGGUCUCUCAAAAUAUAUCAUCAAAACCUGGUGACGUUAAGAAAAUAGUUAUAAAAAAUUUCAAAACCAAACCAACUCUUCCGGAUAAUUAUUCUGAAAAAACAUGGGAAAAAUUACAAGAAGCGGUUGUAGCCAUUCAAACAUCGAAACCGAUAGCCUAUUCUUUAGAAGAAUUAUAUCAAGCAGUUGAAAAUAUGUGUAGUCAUAAAAUGGAUGCCCAAUUAUAUUCAAAAUUGGCCGCAUUAACAGAAAAUCACGUUAAAUCUAAUAUUGAGCCUUUUACAACUAGUGAAAGUAUGGAUAAACUGGUUUUCUUAAAAAAGAUAAACGGUUGGUGGCAGUCAUUUUGUCAACAAAUGAUAAUGAUGCGAAGCAUAUUUUUAUAUCUUGACAGAACUUAUGUUUUGCAAAAUCCAACAGUUCAUUCUAUUUGGGACAUGGGGCUGGACCUCUUUAGAACACAUAUUGCUUUAAAUAUUUUGGUUCAGAAAAGAACUGUAGAAGGAUUAUUAUUGCUCAUUGAAAAGGAACGAAAUGGGGAUGCGGUUGAUCGGGCCUUAUUAAAAAGUCUUUUGCGUAUGUUGUGUGAUUUGCAAAUUUAUCAAACAGCUUUUGAAGAGAAAUUUCUGGUUGCAACUAAGCAAUUAUAUCAAGCUGAAGGUCAACGUAAAAUGCAAGAACUUGAAGUCCCGGAAUAUCUAAAGCAUGUUGACAAACGUCUCGCUGAAGAGAAUGAACGUCUUUUAUAUUAUUUAGACUCAAGUACAAAGUACCCGUUAAUAUACACUGUAGAAAAAGAACUUUUAGCGGAGCAUUCAACUGCAAUACUACAAAAGGGCUUAGAUAAUUUACUUGAGGAAAAUCGUUUGCAAGACUUACAACUUCUUUAUAAUUUGUUUAGCAGGAUCAAGAAUGGAACCACUGAAUUAUGCGGAAAUUUCAAUGGAUACAUAAAAAAAAAAGGUCGUACAAUAGUAAUUGACCCGGAAAAAGAUAAAAAUAUGGUUCAAGAUUUAUUAGAUUUUAAAGACAAAAUGGAUGUUAUAGUUCAUACUUGUUUCGAGCAUAAUGAAAAGUUUUUAAAUUCGCUGCGAGAAGCUUUUGAAUAUUUCAUAAAUCAAAGAGCUAAUAAACCCGCUGAACUUAUUGCUAAAUAUGUGGAUAUGAAAUUACGAGCUGGCAAUAAGGAAGCUACCGAAGAAGAACUUGAACAAAUUCUUGAUAAAAUAAUGGUUUUAUUUAGAUUUAUUCAUGGCAAGGAUGUAUUUGAAGCUUUCUAUAAAAAGGAUUUGGCGAAACGACUACUAGUUGGAAAGUCAGCUUCUGUGGAUGCUGAAAAGAGUAUGCUGUCCAAAUUAAAACAAGAAUGUGGUGGGGGCUUCACGUCUAAACUAGAAGGAAUGUUUAAAGACAUGGAACUUAGCAAAGAUAUUAAUAUCGCAUUCAAACAGUAUGUCUCAAAUACUGAUAAAAAAUUAACUACAAUAGAUUUGACCGUAAAUAUUUUGACCAUGGGUUAUUGGCCAACUUAUCCACUAAUGGAAGUAACAAUGCCUCCACAACUUGUCAAAUUACAAACAGUUUUUCAAAAAUUUUAUUUAAUGAAACAUAGCGGGCGAAAAUUACAAUGGCAACCCACUUUAGGACAUUGUGUUUUGAAAGCUCAAUUUUUGCAUGGUCCAAAAGAUUUUCAGGUCUCUUUAUUUCAAGCUCUAGUGUUACUUUUAUUCAAUGACAAGACUCUCCUAAGUUUUGAGGAAAUAAAAUCUGCUUGCAACAUAGAAGAUGGUGAAUUAAGACGCACCUUACAAUCACUAGCAUGCGGAAAAGCUCGUGUAAUAACGAAAAUACCUAAAAGCCGUGAAGUUGAAGAUAAGGAUCAAUUUCAGUUUAAUAAUGAAUUUACAAAUAAACUUUUUAGGAUAAAAAUUAAUCAAAUACAAAUGAAAGAAACGACUGAAGAACAAAAAGCAACAGAGGAAAGGGUUUAUCAAGAUAGACAAUAUCAAAUUGAUGCAGCUAUAGUAAGGAUAAUGAAAAUGCGAAAAACUUUAAGUCACAAUUUACUUAUUAGUGAACUAUACAAUCAGUUAACCUUUCCUGUGAAACCGGCUGACCUUAAAAAAAGAAUCGAAUCUUUAAUUGACCGAGAUUACAUGGAAAGAGACAAAGAUAAUCAAAAUCAGUAUAACUAUGUUGCAUAAAAAUCUUGAAAAGAAAGGGAACAUUUAAAUAAAGAUUGAAAACAAAGCUGUAAUAAAAAUUUGAAUCAAAUCUUGUUCGAGAAAUAUAAGUUUUGUUUUAUAAAAAUAUGAAAUAAUUAAAAAUAAGGUAUACAUUUAUUUUUUAA